AUGAUCGAGGAGGAGCUGGACAGAAUCAUGUCGAACCUCGUCAAAUCAUGCCCGGCACAACUCCACAAAGCAAUACGCUACUGCACAGCGGACGAAGAAGGUAGGCACUUGGCAUCGCUGUGUAUCGCUGCUUGCGAGCUGGUCGGAGGAGACCGCCACGCAGCACUUCCAAUGGCUUGCACCAUCGAGAUGUGGAUGGCGAUCAUACUCACGACUGACGACCUCCCAUGCAUGGACAAUGCAAGGACGAGGAAAGGAAGGGCUGCGGCACACGUAGAGUUCGACGACACCACUGCUAUCCUCGCGGCACAAGCACUUGCGGCACUGGCUUUCGGGACGGUCGUGGACUCCACGCUCGUCUCGACGGACAAGAGGCUGAGGCUGGUCAAGGAAUUCUCUCUCUCAAUGCAGAGGCUUGUGUAUGGACAGUACGACGACGUCAAGAAGGGAGAGAGCUUGGAAACACUCGAGGAACUCAACGCCAAGAACACCAACAAGACGAGCUCCUUCUUCGAGCUGCCGCUGGUAGCGGGGGCUAUAGUCGGCGGCGCCGGCGAGGAGGAGAUUGAGGGCCUGAGGAGAUUUGGGCGAUAUUUCGGCCUCAUGUGGCAAGUGAACGACGAUCUAAGCGACGCGACCAUGACGGCGGAGGAGAUGGGCAAGGACGCGAGUAGUGACGUCAAGAAUCGCAAGACAACAUACUUGACGCUGGUGGGAGCCGAGAGGAGCGCGCAGCUGCGAGACGAGCUCGCGAAUCGAGCCCGGGAGGCGCUGCUCGAGCGCUUCCCCGCCAAGAAUGUGAAGAUCCUGCUGGGAAUCGUGGAGGCGACACGCCGAUUUGGUUCGAUCUACAAGAACUCUCAGCUCCUUUCCAAAAUCUAA